UCUCUCUCUCUCUCUCUCUUUUUCUCUCUACAAUCCAAAAGGAGAACACAAAGUAAGAAGAACAAGAAAGGUACUCACAGCUCACAAGAAGUUUCAUCUUCUUCAAAUGCAAAAGAAGCUGAUACAAUGUCUCCUCUUUGUGAUCUUCAAAUUAAUCUCAAUCAUGAGUUCACUUUCUUCCUUAAUCAGGAUUUGAUCUCAGAGUACUCAGGCUUCUUGAGGAAGAUCAUAAAACAGAGCAAGAAGAAGAAGAAGAAUCACAAGAACAGUAGAAUCAUCGUCGAGGUUGAAGAUUUUCCUGGUGGGUCAGAUGGGUUCGACUUGGUUUCAAGGUUCUGUUACAGUAAUGGUGGAGGAAUCUCGAUCGAUGUCUCAAAUGUCUCCAUCUUGUAUUGCUCUUCUUCCUUCCUUGAGAUGACUGAGAAGCUCUGUUCCUCCAAUCUCUUGCUUCAAACUGAGAAGUUUCUUGAAGGAAUGUUCUACUGGUCAUGGAACGACGUUCUUUUGUGUCUCAAGAGCUGCGAGCAAGUGUUCCUGCACGCAGAUUCUUACGGUCUUGUUGAUAAGCUUGUUUUCGGGGUUUUAGCCAAAAUCGCUCAGAAUUCAGACAUGAGUCAUGUAUUUGCCUCAUCCUCUCCGUCUUCCUCUGCCUCAGCCUCAUCUCAGUCUCCCGAUACGGCAAAGAAUAGGUCUGAUUCAGACAAACGGUCUACUUCGAGAUCGUUUUCUUGCAAAACAAGCAACGAGUGGUGGUUCGACGAUAUGUCAAUUCUCGGGCCAAGAAUCAUCGAAAAGCUAAUAAAGAACCUGGGAGCUUAUGAUAAGAACAAUAACAGCUUGGUACUCACAAGGUUUCUCCUCCACUACCUCAAGACAAAGCUCCAAAACAAAUCAAUAAACAAGCUUGAGUACGCAGGUUUAGUUGAUACAGCUGUUCAAGGAGUGAUUUUCGCAGCGAAAGCCUCAUUCUCCUGCAGGAAGAUCUUUUGGGUUCUUCGGGUUUUAUCGGGAUUUAGCAUCAGCAAAGAAUCAAGAAUCGGUUUAGAGAAUGUUAUAGGAGAAAUGCUGGAUGAAGCAACACUUGAUGAUCUUCUGAUACCUGCAGGAGGCAAAAGAGAAAAAGGGUUUUACGAUGUGGAUUUGGUGAUAAGAUUACUCAAAGUGUUCGUGAGAAUCUGCAACUCAGAAGAAGAUCAGAAUUUGAGAAUGAGAAGAAUUGGGAAGCUGAUUGAUAAGUAUCUGAGAGAGAUAUCUCCAGACCAGAAUUUUAAAGUAUCGAAGUUUCUUGAAGUGGCAGAGAGUUUGCCAGAUUCAGCUAGAGAUUGGUGUGAUGGAUUAUACAGAGCCAUUGAUAUCUAUCUUGAGUCUCAUCCAAAACUAUCAUCCGAAGAUAGAACAAAACUAUGUCGGUGUCUAAACUACAAGAAACUAACAUUGGAGACAUGCAAACAACUUGCAAAAAACCCCAAGAUCCCUCCAAAUAUUGCAGUUCUGGCACUCAAGUCUCAACAAUUAUCAGACGAGAGUACUCUAACACUCUCAAGAGAAGACAAGAUCAAAGUGAACAAGAUGAGGAAUUCUCGAAACUACUUAAAAGAGAAACCAAUACUAGUGAGUUUGAAAGGGUUUGAGAUGUCGGAGAAGUUUGAAGAUGAUCUAAGGAUGAAUUUGGAGAAGAAGCUAUGGACUAAUUCUGAAAAACAUUGUAAGGAAAAGAAGAGUGAAGUAGUGUCAAGAUUGGUGAGACAUGGACAUACACAUUCUAGCUCUAAUUUUCCAAGGCUUUGUUAAUUAACUAUAGUUCACUCGUCAAUUUUUUCUUCUUUUUUUUA